GUAAAAUGACUUGUCUCUGUGUUUUGGCAAAUAGUCGAUUGUCAUCAUCUGUCGCGGAAAGGUGUAGUAAUGAGAGGUCGUCUCAACUAAAAUGAAAGUCAUAACAAUUAUAGUAGCUUGUCUACUAAGUGUGGGCCUUGCCGAGGCAUGGAGAACGCCACAGUUCCUGCAGGACAUAGCAAAGAAAUUUGAAGCGAUUCACAGCGAAGAGGCAAAUACAACAACAAUCCUCCCAGAGAGUAACACCACAUGGGUACCUCCAGUGAAUACGACAACCUUGCCUCCUGAGAGCAAUACCACCUGGGUUCCUCCUGUAAAUACGACAACGUUGCCUCCAGAGAGUAACACAACAUGGGUUCCUCCAGUAAACACCACAACCUUGCCUCCUGAGAGUAAUACCACUUGGGUUCCUCCAGUGAAUACCACCACUUUACCACCAGAGAGUAACACCACAUGGGUUCCUCCAGUGAAUGCUACCACUUUGCCUCCUGAGAACAAUACGACCUGGGUUCCUCCAGUGAAUACUACAACCUUGCCUCCUGAAAGUAAUACCACAUGGGUUCCGCCAGUUAAUACCACCUCUUUACCACCAGAGAAUAAUACCACAUGGGUUCCUCCAGUGAAUACCACAACCUUGCCCCCAGAGAAUAAUACCACCUGGGUUCCUCCAGUGAAUACUACCACUUUGCCUCCUGAGAAUAAUACCACAUGGGUUCCGCCAGUGAAUACGACCACCUUGCCCCCAGAGAGCAAUACCACCUGGGUUCCUCCAGUGAAUUCUACAACGUUACCUCCUGAGAGCAAUACCACUUGGGUUCCUCCAGUCAACACUACAACUUUGCCCCCAGAGAGCAAUACCACCUGGGUUCCUCCAGUAAAUACGACAACGUUGCCCCCAGAGAGUAACACCACAUGGGUUCCGCCAGUAAAUACCACAACCUUGCCCCCAGAGAGUAACACAACAUGGGUUCCGCCGGUAAAUACAACUACUUUGCCUCCUGAGAACAAUACCACAUGGGUUCCGCCAGUGAAUACGACAACCUUGCCUCCUGAGAGCAAUACCACCUGGGUUCCGCCAGUGAAUACGACCACUUUGCCCCCAGAGAGCAAUACCACCUGGGUUCCUCCAGUAAAUACGACAACGUUGCCCCCAGAGAGUAACACCACCUGGGCUCCGCCAGUGAAUACGACCACCUUGCCCCCAGAGAGCAAUACCACAUGGGUUCCCCCAGUGAAUACCACAAAUUUACCACCAGAGAGUAACACAACAUGGGUUCCCCCAGUGAAUACGACAACCUUGCCUCCUGAAAGUAAUACCACCUGGGUUCCUCCAGGGAAUACUACAACCUUUCCUCCUGAGAGCAAUACCACCUGGGCUCCCCCAGUGAAUACCACCACUUUACCACCAGAGAAUAACACUACAUGGGUUCCUCCAGUAAAUACUACCACUCUACCUCCAGAGAGUAACACCACGUGGGUUCCGCCGGUAAAUUCAACAACCUUACCUCCUGAGAGUAAUACCACAUGGGUUCCUCCAGUGAAUACUACAGCAUUUCCCCCAGAGAGUAACAGCACCUGGGUUCCCCCAGUGAACACGACAACGUUGCCUCCUGAGAGCAAUACCACCUGGGUUCCCCCGGUAAAUUCAACAACCUUGCCUCCUGAGAGCAAUACCACAUGGGUUCCCCCAGUAAAUACCACAACUUUACCACCAGAGAGUAACACAACCUGGGUUCCCCCAGUAAACACUACAACCUUGCCUCCUGAGAGCAAUACCACCUGGGUUCCUCCAGUAAAUACGACAACGUUACCUCCUGAGAGCAAUACCACUUUGGUUCCCACUGUGAACACUACGGCCCUGCCUCCUGAGACCAAUACCACCUGGGUUCCUCCAGUAAAUGCGACAACGUUGCCUCCAGAGAGUAACACCACCUGGGUUCCUCCAGUGAAUACGACCACAGUGCCUCCUGAGAGCAAUACCACAUGGGUUCCUCCAGUAAAUACCACGACACUGCCCCCAGAGAGCAAUACCACCUGGGUUCCCCCAGUGAAUACGACCACCUUGCCUCCUGGAAGCAAUACCACAACACUGCCGGAAACAAAUUCGACAGCAGUCAAUGAUAAAACGCAUUCGAAAAUAGAAGAUUCAUUUUGGAAACGUAUAAAAGAAAUGUUGGAUGGAAUUCAUUUGUAAAAAAUUCUGAUUCUGGAAAGUUCGGCUGGAUUUAAAUCAUAUUUUUAUUCUAUAUCAAUAAAUAUAUUUAUUAAUUUUUAUAUAAUUAAAUACACGUACGAAAUUCGAAAGCA